CGAAGAUUUAUAUCAUAUAUAUAUAUCAGCAUUUCAAAGUAACAGUUAAUUAAUAAUAUUUGUUAUUAUACGCUUGUAAAAUAAAAUAGAUUAAUUGUGUAAUAAAAGUUAAUGUAUUAUUCAUUGUAUUUGUAUUUUUCUUAUUGAAAAAAUGUCUGAUGGUUCAGUUUCAAUUUAUUUGAUUUACAGAAGAAGUGAUACGCCGAAGAUUACUUAUAGAUGGAGAUGGUAUCGGAGAUGAUCGUCGAAUUAAUAUGCUUUUAAAAUCAUUCAUAAAAUGGGCAAAUAGUCCAGACGCAGAUAAUACUUUACACGAAAGAAUGUUAUCUCAACUUGCUCAAUGUGAAUUUGCACAACGAAAAUCUAGAUUAGUCUCAAAUAUGAGUCAAGAAGAAUUGAAAAGUUAUGAACAGUUAUCGAAAGAAAUUGAAAUUCAAAUAGAAGAGGCUAAAAAAGAUAUUGAAAGAACAAAAGUAGAAUUACAAGAUGCAAAACGUGUUAGAAAAAAUAGGAUUGAAUAUGAUGUAUUGGCAAAAGUCAUAAAUGAGCAGCCAGAUAGAGUAGAAACUAACCUAAAACUUGCUACAUUACGUGAAGAAUUAGGAAAGUUAAAAGAGAAAUCAGAACAAUUAGAACACAAAUUGGAAAUGAGACGAAAACAAUUUCAUGUUUUAAUAUCUUCUAUACAUUCUUUACAAGGAAUGUUAGAUGAAUGUGAUGAAGAAAUAAUGGAUGUAAGUUUAGAAAAUUAUGAAGAUGCAGAUACAUCUUCAAAGACUGAAGAUCUUAAAUAAAAUUAUUUUAUAAAAAAAAAAAUUUCUAAA